AUGGACUGUGAGAACGGGACAGAUAUUGAAGAGUUUGUUCUUCUGGGGUUUUCCUCCAAGCCUGAACACCAACCUCUUUUUUUCCUCCUUUUUCUGCUGAUGUACAGUGCUGGACUUCUGGGCAAUACCAUGAUGCUCCUUCUCAUCACCUUGGAUGUGCAACUCCAGACCCCCAUGUAUUUCCUGCUCCGUAGCCUCUCAGUCAUUGAUCUUGGCUUCAUCUCAGUCACAGUGCCCCAAAUGUUGGUUCAUAUCGUAUCUGCUUCCAGGACCAUCCCCUUCUACUCCUGCAUGGCUCAGUUUUUCUUCUUCUAUGUUUUUGGUGUCACGGAUCUCCUUCUAGUGAGCGUCAUGGCCCUGGAUCGUUAUGUAGCCAUUUGUAAUCCUCUCCACUAUGCGUCAGUGAUGAACCAAAAGGUUUGUGGGCAAUUAGUGGCUGGUUGUUGCAUCAUUUCCACCUUACACUCCAUGCUGCAUGCUGGCCUACUCUUGCGUCUCACGUAUCGAGGGAAAAAUCACCUGCCCCACUACUUUUGUGAUCAUCAGCCCUUGCUGCAGCUGUCCUGCUCAGACAUCAGUGUCAAUGAGGCGGUCAUCUUCUUUGAAGGUGUCAUCAUCAUCCUUGGACCUUUUGUUUUCAUCAUUCUCACCUACAUUCGCAUUGUGGCAACUAUCAUGAAAUUCACUUCUUUAGGGAGGCGCAAAGCUUUUUCUACCUGUGGGUCUCACCUCACUAUAGUGAUUCUCUUUUAUGGGGCCAUCAUUGCUGUCUAUUUCUUGCCCACCUCGAGCUAUUCCUCACAGCGAGGGUCAUUUUUUGCUCUUGUGUACACAGUCAUCACCCCAAUGUCCAACCCCUAUAUUUACAGUCUCAGGAAUAAAGAAGUGAAAGAUGCUCUGAGAAAACUCUUGGGACGAAGAUCCCUAUUUUCUCAAAACUGA